AUGGGCCAUAGAAAACAUAGGAAAACAAGGAGCUGUGCUGUAGUUUCUGAGAUUUUCCCUAGAGUUGUUCAGCCCGAACUGAAUUGCUAUGAGCUUGACUUACAGAAAAUAUGCGAAACUCUAGGAAAAACGGACAGGCGCUACCUUGGGACAAUUAUAGGAGGCUCAAUACUUGCUGUGCUUGGCUUUGUGAUUUUCACUGGCGCUACUGUUGUGGGAGGUAUAGUUGGAGGUGUAUUAGGCCUAGGGAUAGGACAUGCCUUAGGAAGGACAUGAAAAAGAAGCAAAAUCCCUAAAAAUAGCUUGACAAAGGAAAAAGAAUAUGAGUUCAGGUUAACUUGCCUAAUGUAUUACAUGAAAAAAUUAAAAAAAUCAAAAAUCCCAAUUUCAGAUUUUGCAGGAAUACUAGAGCAUAUAAUAAAUGAAUACAGACCUGCUUUUAUUUUGCAAUUGCAUAAUCCCGCGAUCAUGAAAGAAGUACAGAAUUUAAAGAAAUUUUUGAGCAAGAAUGUUCCACAUGCAGCUUUAAUCAAUUCGGUAGCUGAACUUAGAUAUUCAGUGGAUUUUAAUGUAAAUACCAGCAUAACUGCAGCUAGACUAAAACAUGUGUAUAUUCCUAUAAUGCAGCUAUUAAAAGAAACACCAGAUAGAGAAGACCAUGAGCUAGAAGCAGUCAGACAGAUCGAGCUCUUAAUUUCGCGUAAAAAAACCAAAAAAAUCCUCAAAAAUUCGCAAGCACACGAAGAAGAUUUAAUAGAGCAAGUUUUACCAUGCUCAGCCCUUCACUGCUCUCAAGCUAGCCAUAAUUUCCCUUCUUGCAAAGCAAUAAAUGAUUUAGAUUACUUUCUUAAGACCAAAGGAGAAUGCUUCAAAAGAAAAAGUUGGGAGAAUAAAGUGAUAAGUUAAAGAUUAAUAAAUAAAAUGGCAUUCGGGCUAGAGAGAAAUUAGCUCUGCUAAUUUUCAAUGCCUCAUGGAAAGGAACUGCUCCAAAGCGUAACGCAACCAAGAGGCUCAGAGUUUUACCUCUCAGCACAUCCGAAGAGGGUGACCCUUAGGUGGAGCACGCGUGGAGCUAAGGUGGCAAGGGCGAUGGCACCUUGCAGGGUGAGAAGCGUUGGUAAGGGUGGCAGGCAGUUUAUUUGGGAUGAUCCGAUCUUUUAGAUUGGAAAUGCUUGUGACGUCACCAUUCAAUUUUGCCUCUGUCCCCUUCUUGGGAAUGUGGCAUUAGAAACCUUAAAAACUUUAAUUAUGUAUGUAUGAUAAGUGAAAGAUUAUUAUUUAGAAGAGCAAGCAUUCCUGGGUAUACCAGGUCAAGUCCAUAUCAUAAGCUUCAAUUUAAAGACAUAGAGAGGCUUGCAAUGAUUUCAAGUAUUUCUUCAUCGAUUACAACCUUUACAUCCCCUAUAUUUGCCAAAGCUGAAGAAGAACCUGCAGAAUCAGUGGCAUCAGAUCUAGAAUCUGUAGCUAAUGAAAGAGAUAUUACAAUAAAAAUAGAAAGUCCUAUUCGGACUUAUGAUAAAAAGUUUACUUCCUCAAUUAUCCCUCCAAAGUCUCCUCCGCCUCCAUUUCAAGGCUUAGUCAAUGACAUUGACCAAAGUGUCAGCAGCGAAGAAGCUGAAGAAGAAAAAUCCCCUGACCAGUCCCGAUCUAUGAGAGAAAGCUUUGAAAUUCAAAGAGCUAGUAGCAUUAAAAAGCUGCAAAACAGCCCAGAAAUCGACAAACAAAUCAAUACGGUCAAAAUUGAUGUUUCCAUCCACAAAUUCCAAAGCGAUUUCGACCUUCUAUUAGAAAUUGAAAAAGAAGUAAAUUCAGAUAAAAUAUGGAGACAUGUGGUAGACAAGCCAGGAACUCAAUGCUAUCAAAAGAAGGUCAGUGAUUCCCCUAUUUGUAUGAUUAAAGCUUUUUGUGAAGUGGAUUAUCCAGCUGAAACUGUUUAUAAAGCCAUUUGGGACACUACUGUUAGGACUGAGUGGGAUAAACUGUUCCAUGAGUUCAAAAUUAUUGAUAAAACUGCUGAUUAUGAGGUGCUUUAUUAUAUGAUCAAAACUCCAAUGGGAAUUACGAGAAGAGAUUGGCUUCAAAGGAGAAUAGAGCUAAGAAACUACCCAGAGCCGAAUACAAUAAUGCUGCAUUUCAUUAGUAUGGAACAUCCUAUGAUGCCGCCGAGAAAAGGAGUUAUAAGAGCAGAAACGUUGAUUUCUGGAUAUAUAAUCAGACCAAUGACUCAAAGGUCUUGUAAAGUCACAAUCAUCACUCAAAAUGACGUAAAAGGUCUAAUCCCAACAUACUUACUCCCCCCCCCCCCCCCCCCCUCCGUGAGCGAACAAAACCAUUAGAAAAAUCGCCAUUUUUUGACCAAAAACCCACCCUCCGUGAGUGAACAAAAAUUUUUUUAAAUAGAAAAAAUUUUAAUGGAAAAAAAUUUUGAUAUAUAAGUGAUAAUUAGUAUAAUGAAAUCUAGAGCUAAUUCUGUUUAAUUUUAAACAAAUUGCGUUUUAAAACAUAAAUUUUGCAAAUUAAAUUAAUAUUUGCUUCCCAAUUUUUGCAAAUUAGGAUUUUUUUAAAUUUCGAAAAAAAUAUUUUUUUAUAAAAUUUUAUAUAUAAAUUUUUUUUAAAAAAAAAAUUAACCCCCCCUCCGUGAGCGAACAAAAUUUUUUUGUUCGCUCACGGAGGGGGGGGGGGGAGUUAGUAAAUAAAUUCGCAGCCAAAGCUCCUGCUGAUUGGUGUACAAAUAUGAGAAGAGGAUGUAAGCUCAUUGCUGGAUAUUAG